CCUAGAUCAUGUAUCACAAGUCACAUCCGUCUAACCGAUGGAUAUAUCUUUGAGAAUCAUCGUCGCUUGUUCUGCGCUCUUAUAGAGAAAAUCAUGCCCCAUCAGAGACCUUGAUCUACAUACAGUACAUGAAAUCGGUUGUCCUUCAAAGUAUGCUGGUGUUUGCGCUGCACUUUUCAUCCUCCACAAUAUCAGGUUCAGAGCUCGGUCAACAGCAGAUUAUCCACUUUCUCUCACCGAAUUGAAAUCCCAAACACUGACCGUGACUGAGUCAUUCCAGAAUCCCAAUUAUUAUCACACUCGCCAGCGUGUUUAAGUUGUAUCAAUUGUCGUGGGGUAUUGUGUUUGGACAGUGACAUCAUCCUCGCUUAGGCUCUGAGAAGGGUUUGUCUUCAGCCGUAUUGUUAUCCGACAACAUGCCACCGAGCACAACCAACGGCACUGCCGCAGAUGCGGCCGAGGAGUAUUUCCAGACCAAUCCUCCGCCAAAAGCGUUGGCCAGCCAUCAAGCUCUCGCCCGCGAGUUUGUUCAGUAUCAUCAUGAGACAAGUCCGGGGAGAAGGAUGGUGUUAGUGACAUCGGGUGGGACGACGGUGCCGCUUGAGAAUCAGACAGUACGAUUUAUCGACAAUUUCUCGGCUGGAACUCGAGGUGCGACUUCGGCGGAAUAUUUCCUCAAGAAUGGCUACGCGGUCAUCUUCCUGCACCGGCAAUUCAGUCUUUUGCCGUACUCACGGCAUUACAGCCACAGCACCAAUUGCUUUCUGGAUUUCAUGGACGAGGACGGACCAGAGGGAGGCGUGGUGGUGCGCAAGGAGUAUCAGGAAAAGAUGAGGCGGGUGCUGGAAGAGUAUCACUACGCUAAACAGAACCGUCUGUUGCUCCUGCUGCCCUUCACCACGGUGACGGAAUAUCUCUUUGAACUCCGUGGUCUCGCUGAGAUCAUGCGUCCGAUUGGUAGCGGGGCAUUGUUCUAUCUCGCAGCCGCCGUAUCAGAUUUCUUCAUCCCACGUGAGCGGAUGGAAGAACACAAGAUCCAGUCGCGUGAAGACAACACAGGAGGGGUGGGUUCGGGCAACAGUCGGCAGCUGGUCAUCAACCUGGACCCGGUGCCCAAGUUUCUGAACAACUUGGUGCAGUCAUGGGCACCGACGGGCAGUAUGGUGGUCAGUUUCAAACUGGAGACGGAUCCAAAUCUUCUGGUGGCAAAGGCCGAGCAGGCCUUGCAACGGUAUCAGCAUGACUUGGUCAUUGGCAACCUCCUCACCACCCGAAAAUGGGAAGUGGUGUUUGUCACUCGAGAUGGCGGAGAACACUGGAUCCGGGUACCCAAGACGCGCAGAUCCAAGAGUUUUUCAGGUAUUGAGGCCGACAUUGGCACGGCUGAACGCAAGCACGAAGAACAUCAUGUCGAUCUGGAGGGAGGUAAGGUGACCGAAGGGAUGGAGAUUGAAAGCCUGAUCAUCCCCGAGUUAGCCUAUCUACAUGGAGAGACGAUGAAGCAGAGAGCAGAGCAGAGCGCGUGAAAAGUGACUGAAUGGGUUGGAAAAGGAGGAUGUUGUCCAAUUCAAUCCGUGGACUAGGCCUUUCACAAUCAUUAAAGGUGGUGAUGGACCCUGGCAUGACAGGGUGAUCGAUGGUGGGACGAUUGACAACCGUUGGAAAUGUCCGUGGAGGUAUCGUUGUAGUGGAUCAGAUGUUACGUUUGAGCCUAAUUAUCUCUCCAGGAUACGAUUUGGCCGGCUUCAGUAGCUGUCUUGAGCCCAAAGUACAAUCGUUGCCGACUGCCGCUGGUGUCCUUGACAAGGCGAAUGGAUGGGAUUAUGCACAAUAAAUACAAUGCUUGGUAGCAGAGGACGGGAUGAAACUCGUGCACAAGUACAUAAGGACGUGAUCAUUUCCUCACUCACAGCGAAUUUGGACGGCCAGAAUAGGCGAGGUGUGCCUGGGCAAGAGCCCGAGGCGCCCGAGGCCCUAAACGGUGAUAGACUGGUACGGGCUUUGCUUGUGUGCCGGGCCCUUCAACCCCGCACCGCGCCUAGAUUCCCAGUAAGGUAAGGCUCCCGUUCGCCUGGGUUGCGCCGUUACCGUCUGCAGCAGUGCAGCCACAGGCAGGGCAUCCAGCACUAAUAAUAACAGAUCGAUCUCCAUGGUCCGAGAUCGAUCGAUCUCAUCUGAGAUGGUUAGCUCGCACAAUACGCACACUGAGGAUAGGUUGUUUUGGACAAAACGCACUGUAUAUUUGAGCAGCAUCUGUCAUUUAGGCUGAAUGAGACUGACUUGAAGACUUUCGCUAGAUCAGUGGGUGGUGAGUGGCAUAAGGCGCGAUUGUCAUGAGGUUUCUGGUCGUUGACGUUGUCAAAUUCCCUCGGCCAGGAUGGUUAGAUGCAUCUUGCACAGUACUCCGUACUUACCUAGAGAAGAGGUUUGGCGGUCAGAAAACUCACCGAGAAAGUGUGCACGGCAGCUAAGCUUGUAGCUUGAAGCCUACACAAGCGGGAGGCCCCUAUGCCCCUCUGGCCCUCUGGCCCUCCACCCCAUCCUUACCUAGGUAUCUAGGCCGAUCCUUCACCUCCAAGCCUACCCCCUCUAGCCUAGUAGACGGAAGAUUUGGAGCAGCAAAGACAAAGUCUCGGUGGCGUGUUUUGGCCAAACUCAUCCCACCUGUCAGGUUCUGGCGAUCGACCAGUGUUGUGACAGCUGGCGCUUUAUCAGCCAGUUGGAAGACACACGGAGAGAAAGUCGUCCGAGAUGGGAUACGAAAAUGUCAGUUCCAUGUCAACUUCAGUUUGAGAGAAGCCAUGCGAUUGGAGAGCAAGGCAGGUACAACGAUCCAACCACACCACCACGAUGUAAUAAUGAGGAAACUACGACUGACUGGCAGUGAGUGCCUGCGUACGACUAGUGGAGAGUAGACUGCUAGAAUUGGUGCCUGCCCUACCCUCCAUCAGCAGGCGCAUCGAAAACACACUCAACAACUUGAAUGUACCUGUCGCCCGUUGAUGGAUUUUAUUGAGUUGGACUUGAUGAUACUAGGUACUACCUAUGUACCUUGUUCAACGACAGGAUUUGAAUGAUUGACAUAUAUACUUAUGACGUUUUGUUUGUUUCCGCCAACCCCUCCUUUGCUUGGAAGUUUUGAGCUACCUAGACACACACCUAGACUAAAGUACCUGUCGUGCC